AAAGUACACCAGACUUUAUAACCAACGGGUAAAGACAGGUCUCUAACACUUCUGCUGUCCUGCGUGGGCUGUUAGCGGUUCAGACAAAAAGUGCGACCAGGACAUUGGCGUUAUCAUUCUGAAGAUGCAGCUUCCAUUGGCUUUCAAAGCAGCACUGCUGUUGAUUCUGCUUGUCCUUUUACUGGAUGUGGAUGGUUGUUCUGGGAAAAGAUGUAAAAAGAAAGAAGGAUCUAGAAGUUCAAGUAUUGGACGCAAAUCCAUAUGCUUUAAGAAAGAACUGUCAGUCUGUAUGGAUCCAACUAUGAACAUGACCACCUUUGCUUCUCCGUCCCCAGGCAGAUCUUUGUCUCCAUGGACAUAUAUACCUUCAAAUGAUCCUGGACGAAUCCCUAUGCAAAUAUCUGAGGCAAAAUGUGAAAAAAGAGGCUGUUUAAUGGAAAAUGGUGAGGAAGAUUUAGGACUGGAGUCUAAACCCAUCUGGUACCAAAUCAAUGUGCUGAGGAGAGUAAAGGGCAAAAACAAGCGCUACACCCUUAAACUGGAAAGUAAAGUUAUAAGUGUGGGCUGUACGUGUGUUGUACCUGUUGUUUUGCCACAAAAAUAACCCUAUACUGCACUUUUUAUUUAAUGGACUGUGUUAUAUUAUUGUAUUAAUCUGAAUUUAUAA